AAUAUUCCGUCAAGCAGUAGUACAUUUUGAGUAAAUUUUAGUGUGAUUUUAAAUUGUUAGUGAAUAUUGCCAAGUCUUUGUUGCUGCAGCCGGCAACAAUGUUUAACACAAAUGCUCAAAACUGGUUUGGCAUGGGCCAAUCGGUUGCUGGACCUCCUCCAACUGGCGCCAACGUUGCCCAAAUGCUGAACAACAACAAUGGAACACAAUCGUUUAUGCGUCAACGUACGCUGACCAGCUCCAAUCCAGCGCUGGAGCGCACCGCGCUAGCAGUGCGUCCGCAAUCUCCGCCCAAUGUUCAGGUGGAAUAUGAAGUGGCCGUGCCCUUUAUGUCUGGCUAUAGACACACGCCAUAUCAUUCGCUAUGGGAUCUGCAUCAGUGCUCAUCAACGCCACCCGCAAGCUUAUCGCAUAUGGCGCGCAUGAUGGACUCAUUAAUCUUGGAUUCGCUGUCACCGUUUGCCUUUACCAAAAUCACCACCACCAGCCGGCCCACGCGUAAUAGCAAUGCCGUGAAGAAGCCGCCGGCAGAAAUCGUGCAUCCACAUCAGCAUCCACAGGCCGCCCCCGUAAAUCCACAUCGGCCCAUCAACAAUCUAGGACCCAAUGCACCCAAUGGCUUGGGCAUUGGCGGCGCGCUGCCAUUGCGCAAUAAGCAGCGUUUGCCCACACAAGUCUACGAUACAGAGGUAGCCCCGCAGCCACGUACCAGUCAGACUGCAAUGUCGUUUCCCUCACAGCAACAGCAGGACAGUCGAUGGGUGUCCUCGUUGCGGCGACGCGAUCCCGAGCUGCAGCCAACGCUGCCCUCCAUUAGCAGCAAUUUGAAUAGCAACAGUCUGAGCCAGAGCCAUCAUGGCAGCGCUGGCAAUGUGGGCAUAACAGCGAGCAGCACGGCCAGCAAUGCCGGGGUCGGUUUGCGUCUGAGUCGCCCAGGCAGAGCCUCCGCGCUGACAGCAGCAGUGCGCAAGAGUCGAUCCGUGGAACGUUUGCGGGCCCGCAAGCUGAGUACCAAUACACAGCUGACACUCAAACAAAGGGCGGUAAAGAAGAAUUCAUUGGAUGAAAACUCGAAUUCGGAUGAUCAGGAUGCGACCACAUCGCUGGAGGAUAAUUCGCAUACACAAUCUACCACGCACACUACACCAAGAUGUUCGCCCAAGAUAAAAGUCAAGCAUUUCUCACCGUUGGGCUAUGAGGGACACCUGGUUGAUACACUGGAGAAGGACAUACUGCAACGACAUCCAUGCAUCAAAUGGACCGAGGUAGCUGGUCUCAAUGAGGCUAAGACCAUAUUGCAGGAAGCUGUGGUGCUGCCCAAUAUAAUGCCCGAAUUCUUUAAGGGCAUACGUCGACCGUGGCGCGGCGUGCUUAUGGUGGGUCCACCAGGCACGGGCAAAACCUUGCUGGCCAAGGCCGUGGCUACUGAAUGCGGCACAACAUUCUUCAAUGUUUCCUCAUCCACGCUGACAUCCAAAUAUCGCGGCGAGAGCGAGAAGCUGGUACGUCUGCUCUUUGAGAUGGCGCGCUUCUAUGCGCCCAGCACCAUUUUCAUUGAUGAAAUCGACGCUCUGUGCGCCUCACGCGGCAGCGACUCCGAGCACGAGGCUAGCCGGCGUUUCAAAGCGGAGCUGCUUAUCCAAAUGGAUGGUCUUAAUGCUAGUUUGCAGGAUGACAAGGUCAUCAUGGUGCUGGCAGCCACAAAUCAUCCCUGGGACAUUGACGAGGCUUUUCGCCGGCGCUUCGAGAAACGCAUCUAUAUACCGCUGCCCAAUGAGGAAACACGUGCAGCACUGCUAAAGCUCUGCCUUAAGGAUGUAUCGCUGUCGUCUGAUCUCAACACGAGCAUGAUUGGUGAUGAGUUGCAAGGGUAUUCCGGCUCGGACAUAAGCAAUGUUUGCCGUGAUGCCUCCAUGAUGGCAAUGCGACGUCUCAUCUCUGGCCGCACGCCGCAGCAAAUCAAGCAAAUACGCCGCGAAGAUGUGGACCAGCCCAUCACACUACAGGAUUUUCAGGAUGCUCAGCAGCGCACCAAAAAAUCCGUUUCGGCUGACGAUGUGGCACGUUUCGAGAAAUGGAUGGAGGAGUACGGGUCCUGCUAGUUAUACGAACUUUGUGCUAGUGCAGCACAAAAUCUAUAAAGUCCCCGAAUAUUUACACCCAUACGUAUGUACUUCCAAUACGCAACCUUUUUUUAAUUCUUGUAAAAACAAUACAUAUAUGUAUCGAUAUAUAAUUAUAAAAAAUGU